AUGUCGGAAAUACCCCAGACUCAGGUUAAUGUCCAAUCCAAGACUAAACCUUUUACCGAAAAAGAUAUCAAAGAUAUUGAGAACGACAUUGCAUCAAAACUCAUGAAAGUAGCGCAAGGGAGAUUGGGUAUAAUUCAUGACUUUGAAUUUUUCUGGAAAAAUGGCGAGAGAUAUGUUUAUAGCCCAGACAUUGGCUACUACGACACAAAAGUCCCUGAGUACAAGGAAGAAUGGAAUAAUCAUGAUUGCUAUUAUGUCUCAACCAUGAAAACCAAAUCUCUAUCUUACAUUGAUAGACCGAAAUCAAACUCAGCUUUUGUCUCACACAUAAGUGAAAGACAAUGGCAUCUACCUCGAAGUCAUCCACAUCACCUAGUAAACUUCUCUCAAGAUAUUCUCGAUCUCAUUCUGGGCUUCAAGUUGGUCAUCAAAGAUCAUACCAUCACACCUGAUGUUACUUUGAGCAAUAAAAGAAGUUCAUAUAAAGUCUCACAAUCGUACACAUUAGACGGCAAGAGAUAUGAACCACCAGAUUUCUACAACAGCGAAGAUUCGGACCACCUGUUUCCAUUGAGCACCACCAUCACCAAAAAACAUCAUGAUUCAAAUGGCGCAUACUUCAUGAUUCACAAAGUUUACCGUCCAAUGAUCGAUGCAACAAUACUUCGAGUCUGUAAGACCAUUUCGAUUCAAGGGACAAGGAUGUUGUAUGCGAAGAAUGUAUUUCAGUUCUCCAUGACGCAGCUUCACAGUGCUGGUAGUCCAGGAUAUCUGGCCUUUGGGAAAGUACACAAGGGUAAUGUGACACUGAAACACUAUACUCGAAGAUAA